CCCCCCCCCCCCCCCAUGAAUGAUCUAAUAGAAGAUUGUUCCGUGUGUGUCAUGGAUUAUAUCCUGAUGGCGGCGGCGGAUGAAAAGCUGGCCGUCACCUAGCUUGAGGGACACCGCGAGUUUAUUUAAAACGCCUCGCCCUGGCCUGUUCCUCCUUGUUCCAUUUCGAGACCAUCCUUGUCAAACUGCUCGGAGGUUGUUAUUCCCUGUUGUGUGAAAAGUUGUUCUCGGCUGGCUUGACCUGAACACCAGGCCCAGAUAUCUUAUCUUUUCGACGUUGCAACAGCACAGAGCUAUAUCCUUACAAUGCCAUCUUCUGCCCCUCCCCUGCGGCCGAUAAAGCCACCGGGUCAGCAGUCCAAAAAGGCCGCCGCUCCGAUCAGCUACGACAUCAACAUCCCAUACGUUGACGUUACCAAGGAAUCGUUCCCAAACACCAAUUACCCCGAAUACCUGCCCACCUGGGACAAGAUCUGGUUCGACCCGCUACCGGCGUUUGACUAUGAAGAUCCGGCACUGCGCGUCACGGACAAGUCAAAGCCCAACCUGCUCACGCCCGGCGUGGCGGUGUCACACAUCCAGCCGGCGCUGGGAAGCGUCGUCAAUGGCGUGCAGUUGAGCCAAUUGUCAGAUGCAGCCAAAGAUGAGCUGGCUCUCCUGGUUUCCGAGCGCAAGAUUGUCGCCUUCCCGGACCAGGACUUGAUCGACGCAGGCCCCGCCGCGCAGGAAGCCUUCAUGCGAUACUUUGGCAAGCCCAAUUACCAGCCAGUCUCCGGCACCGUCCGGGGCCAUCCUGGCUUCCAUAUCAUCCACCGGGACGGCAACCGCGAGGAGAUCGAACGCUUCCUCGAGCGCCGUACCACCACCACCUUGUGGCAUCAGGAUGUCAGCUAUGAGAUUCAACCGCCGGGGUACGUCAUGCUAGGGCUCCUGCAAGGGCCCGAGGUUGGCGGCGACACUGUUUUCGCGGCGACGGACAUGGCCUAUAAACGUCUCUCCCCCACUCUACGCGCGUGGCUAGACACCCUGGAGGCCGUCCACAGCUCGCAGAAGAUGAUCGAUCACACCAGGUUGACAGGGGGCCUGGUGCGUAAAGACCCCGUCGAGACGACGCACCCGCUUGUGCGCGUCCAUCCGGUGACGGGCGAGAGGUGCCUCUUCCUCAACGGCGAGUUCAUCACUCACGUCCCUGGUCUAAAGGAGGCCGAGAAGGCGUGGCUGCUCGAUUUCUUGCUCAACCAUCUCAUCGCGGGGCAUGACUUCCAGGCCCGUGUGCGCUGGCAGCCUCGCACGAUCGUCAUCUUCGACAACCGCUCCACCAUCCAUUCUGCGAUUGUCGACUACAUUGAUGAGGAGCAUGGCGCCCAGCCGCGACAUAUCUUCCGUCUUGCCGCGCUGGCCGAGAAGCCCGUCCCCGUCUACGAUCAGUUUACAUGAUGUUCUUUAUUCUUUCCCGGUUGGUUCAAAGUCCUACUUUCGCCCAUUUCUUACCAGACAUUUUAAUUCGUGCUAUAGACGAUGGAUUAUGGUUUCCUUUCUUUCUAGAUUCCUUUUUCUUUUUCUUUUUUUUUCGUUGGUUAUAGAUUUCUUUCCUGGCGAGGAUUCGUUUAGUUCCAGUCACAAAGCGAUCUAAUGGGAAUAGAUGAUGCUGCUCGGAUGACUUUUUUUUUUCAUUUUUCUUUCUUCAAGAGAAAAAAGCGUGAUACGUGGACUUGUCAGAGGAUAAUGAGCACCGUUAUUAAUGAUAGAAAUCCAAAGUAACUUACAGCUUAAG